UUUUUUUCUUUCAAAGUUGUCCAAUCACAGUGGAUUAUUUACUCUAUUUAAAAAAAAUUUUUUCUAAUAAACCAGCAUAUUUUUUUUAUAAAUUUUAUUUGUUUUGUGUUCAAGUGAAGAUUCUUUAGAGGAAUAACAAAAAUCAAGACCAUUUAGUUCUAAACUUGCAACAUCGACAACUAAAAUCCCAGCAGCUUGAUUUCGAUUAUUGAUUAUUCAGCACUUCAAGCAAAAUGGAUUUUAUAUGCAGUUCGGGAAGUUCUAAUAACUCCAAUGGGUACAGUGAACAAAUAACCAGUAACAAGGUUGAAAAUGAGAAGACAGCCGCGAAGGGCAUUACAUCGGAAAUCAAAGCAAUAUAUCGAUCUCUGUAUAUUGUGGCAAAGCAGUUGGAUGAUGGAAAGAAGAAUCUCUCGUCUAUAGCACAACUUUUCGCUCCUGCUAUACAGCAGUUACGUGUGAAAUUAGUAAAUCUAUGCAAGGAUCUUGUUUUUAAAGAUCAUCAAGUCAUCGGAAAGAAGGCUCGUGAGAUUAUGUGGCGUAAAGGUUACUAUGAGUUUAUUGCGUAUGCUAAACGGAAUUGGCAUAGAGAAUAUAAAGAUGCCUCACCUAGUGAAAUACAGGAAGCGUAUAAAAAAUUGGAGUGCUUCUUGCUCGGUGGUAUAAGGAAUUAUAAACGCGUUUCAGCUAAAAUGGAAGAGGUUUACGAUUUGGACUUGAAAAAUUUAAUUGACUUCAAAGCUAUCAGUGACAGCAUAAAUUAUGAAAUUUCUGAUAACAAUUUAAAUGAUUGCUAUGAUACUGAUAUGAUUGAUAUGACUAAUAUCGUUGCGGAUAAAAGUUUGGAAGCAAUAUCCUUUGCUUUAGACACAAUACACUCGUCAUUGCUAAGUUUGGGUGACUUGCAUCGCUACUUUUUGGAUUUCCAUAUUGAAAAUCGAAUUCAUAUGCCCAAGCAACAAGCAGCUAAAUAUUAUUUUGAAGCAUUUAAACUUAACUCAUCAGUGGGUAUGGCACAAAACCAAUUAGGAACCUUAUAUUAUGGUCAAAACUAUGAUUUGGAUUCUAUUUAUCAUUACUUGUAUUCACUCGUAUGCAUAAUGCCAUUUGAAUUAAGUGAAAACAAUGUUUGUAAGCUAUUCUCGGCUCAUUCUGCUUAUUUGGGUGGAUUGGAUCCAGAGAAAAUCGAAUUUUGCCUAGAAGAUUUUUAUGCUCGUUUUUAUUUAGUAGUUGAUAUUUUUUUCUUUGACAAAGAAGUACCAGAUUUUAAUUCACUCUGUCACUGUGUAUUAGUAGAUUUACGUAAAGUGCUUUGCUCAAAAGCCUUCAACAUCACUGACAUGAGUAUUUUUAAAAUCGUUUCAAUACUUUUCUUCUGUUUGUCAAAGCUAAAAAUGAUCAAUUCUCAAAAGGUUUACUCAUUGAACGCGUUUCUCGUGGCUGUAUGCUCUGAUUUAAUAGAUGCCUGCAUUGUGAAUUUGGAGCAGACAAUUUUGACGAAAUCUUCAGAAAUUGAGGACUUUCAAACAAUGUACAUGAAAAAGUUUGACGAGUUCGACAUGAGUGUAAGGAAAUCGCGUAAUGAGUAUAAAAAUUGGAUGGCACAUUUUGACGAAAGUGAUCGGAAGGAGAAAAAGCCUAUUAAGUUACUAAGCCAUAGAGGAGUAUCAUCUGAUUCGAGAGAAAGUCAAUUAUCGCAUGAUGAAUUCGUGCUUAAAACUCAGGAUAGCAAUAAACAAUCCAUGGAUGGUGGUGAUAAAAAUCUUGAUCCAAUUUCUACACGUUCAAGCGAUGAGGCCAAGGAAAGUGAUUUGAAGACACCACUCUCGUGCAAGAGUAAAAAACGCGGUAUGAAAUUAAGACGGCGCCGUCGUAAAAUAGUUGAGUCAGAUGAUAGCUCAUGCUAUGACACACAAAGUGAAAUGGAUACAGAUUUCUCAACUGAUGAGGAAGAUUAUACUGAUCUAAGUUCUAACUUCGAUACUGAUUUUAGUGAUAUUGAAGCUGAUCCUGUGGGUUUUGAUAGCUAUGAUAGAUAUGACCGAUAUGAACGUGACAAUUGUGAUGAUGAAUUCAUUCAAAACAGCAUUAAUUCUGAUAUUAAAUCUAAACUGCCCAUCAUGACUCCGACUUGUAAAGACAGCAAUGCAAAUGAUGAUAUGCUCACUUUCUCUGAUAAUGACGAAGUUGUUGUUGAAGAAGAACAUAUUAUAUAUCCAAUUAAUCCUGAAAAAAUACAGCAAGUGCAGCGUACUAAUUCAGCAGAGGUUGAUUCGGAAGAGUUGCUCCAUAGCUUUGAAGUUUUACAGUUAAGUAGCAAUAACGGAGCAUUGAACUUUAAAUGUUCGGACAUUGAGGAGGUUGAAAAUGAUAAUGCUAAUAUACGCAAAAAUAAGGAAAACAGAGAUGUGUCACCUAAAUAUUCAGAAGAACCACCCAAAAAGCUUGUAUAUCGUAAUAAAUAUAUGAAGAUAAAUCCAAACGUAGUUGUCAAUUUCGCAAUAAAUGAACCAACCUUACGGGCCUUAAAAAUUUUGUUCGAUUGGUUGCGUUUGAACCACGAAAUAUUGUUUGGAUGUUAUCACUCUAAUCCAGAGUUCGUACAUAAGAUUAUGAAAUUGCUUAAUUAUUGCAAUAUUGAUAUAUUUACGCGUAAAGUAUACUUUGAGAGAGAAUUCUUGCAGAUUCCUAAUGUACGCACAGCAUUAACUGAUUUAUUUGAUGUACGUGCUAAUAUACCCUUGUCGGAAGAUUUUGUGUUUAAAAAUUUUGACAUUUUCCAAGCAACUCAGAUAACAUUUGAUUGGGAAGUUACUCAACGUGAAAAUAUCACCAAUGAAGAAGAGAGUAUAUUGCGCAUUUUUAAAAUGGUUGAUUUUGGCUUCUUCAUAUGCAAACAAAAGAAGUUUAGCUAUCGUUUCUGUGUUAAAUCUCGUCGUUUCACUGAAACGGCUAAAAAGAAGCGUGAGGAGAAGAAGUCUUCCCGGCGACGUGAAAGACGUACUGCCAAGAAUGCUACUCGCAAACGUACCGAAGGACGUACUCGUCGCUAUUCUGAUCGUAAAAAUGGUAUUAUACGUAAAAGUUAUACUAGCAACGAAGAGAAGGAUACAGUUGAAGAAGGCAAAAAGUUGCCACGUAAAGGUUAUCUACGUAAUCGUAAUUCUGAAAAAUUGGCAAAUGCAAGUGCUUCCGGCGCUACCAAUACAUCAGCGUCAACAACUAAUAGUGCUAUUUGCGAGAAAGUGACAAUGCAGUCCAGCAGUGGAGCUGACGAAGAGCGUUCAGAAACGAUGAAUCGUAAAUGCGAAAUAAUGGGUAAAUUAUGGUUAAAAAAUGAAGUAGCUACACUUGAAGAGGAGUUGCGUUUAAGUAGCGAAUCCAUUGUUACUCCGUUUAUUGUCUUGGACACCAAGGCUUUGACAGAAUUUACUGACGUUGUUAAAAAUUUAUUAAAAACUAAGCAAUUUAUUAUACUUAUUCCCAAUUCAGUAAUUAAUGAUUUGGAUGACUUAAAAAAGCGUAGUGAAAACGCUCGCAAUGUUAUUCGUUGGUUAGAACAUGAGUUUACUGUUGGUAAUCGCUUUUUACGUGCCCAGCGUGACAAUGAAAAUUUGCCCUUACCUCUUCUAAAAUUGCCAAAGAAAAUGGAUCGGGAUACUUUCACCUUCAUACAAAUUGUAAACUUUUGCAAUCAUCUUGUGGCAAACUACACCGAUGGGAAAUGCCCUGAGUUUGGCAUUAAUGUUGUUACAUAUUUAUCUGGCGAUACAAUUCCUGAAAAACAACGUCAUAUAACAAAAUUUUGUUUGGCCGGACUUUUGGAUGCCAUACCUAUACGUUAUGAGCAAAUAUCAAACUAUUAUGCUAAAUUAAAAUUGAAUAAAAAAUGAGAGAACACAAUGUUAAAUGGGUAAAACGCCAACUGGGAGCGUCGUGCUUAAGUUCUUCGUAAACAAAACGUAUAAGAAGUAAGGUUAAAAAUUAUAACAAAAAUUUUAAAAAAAUAUUACAAAUAUUAAAAUCACCGCAAAAAACAACAACAACGACAAAAUACGGUUUAAAUGGGUUAGUUAGAAGAUAACGGAAGCGAGAAUAAUUUCGAAAAUUCAACAUACGUCAGCAACCUUCACAAUAUAUAUACAAUAACUUGUGUAUAUAUAUUGUACUUUAGCAUAAACAAAGGAGAAAUUCUUCAAGAAAAAUUUAUUAAUUUUUUCAUAAAAAUAAUAAUCCUAACCGAAACGUACGUAAACUUUGUAGCAGUAACCGCAGCCACAGCCACAGCCACAGUAGCGACGUUAGAAGCGAUUGCAGUUUUAUUUUUACAACAAAAUUACUAUUAAUUUAUAUUAGUACUUACAUUUGAUAUCACACAUUAAAUUAUACACAUAUAAACGUACAUAUAUUGGUAUGUGUUUUGUAAUAAAAAUUAUUUAUUUAAUACAGAACGUAUUAAACAAAAAACAUGUGCGUACUUACAAUGUGUAUGUAAGAAAUUUUGCUUGUGUGUUGAGCAGUCAAGUUACGUCGUUACAAUACGUCACGUUAGUGUUUAUGCUAAUGUAUUAACAGAAACUGCGUUUACAUUACAAGCUGCCAAGAUUUUCAAAUGUGCAGUUUAAUUUGUCGUUUAUAAGUAGAAUUUUGUUGCUCCUUAUAAAAUAAUAAUUUCUUUUCGGCGAAAGCAAAAAAGUAAAAAAAAAAUCUUAAAAAAAUCACAAAAAUCAAAAAAUCAAAAAAAAAAUGAAAAAAUGAAAAAAAA